AUGCCCCUUCGCCUCGCUGGCUACUCACGACUAUGCCGAGUCUGUCACAAACCCGUCGCUCGUGGACGACGACGAGCACCACGCUGCGUCGCGUACUCCAGUUCAGCGGCUGAGAAGAAGAGCACCCAGUCAGAAAAGGUGUGCAAUGCGGUCUCUGAUGACUCUUCUAGGCCGGUGGCCGGUGCCAUGAGCAGACGUCUCCAGGAAGCCACCGAGGAAGCACUCCAGACAGGUGGUCGAGCCGGUCGACGUGCCGUGGAGGACGCUGGAUUCGACGACGAGCUCAAGCAGAAGCUGCUCGACAAGGUUCAAGACGCCAAUUUCAGGAACGACUUUGCCAGUGCGUUUGCCCAGGCUGACAUGACUCCCGCCGCGGGCGAGGGCACCCGCUCCAUCGCCAGCGCCCAGGCGUGGACGGGCGAGGAGACCACGCACGACGCCGUGCUGCGCAUGCUGAGCGACGCCAAGAAGCCCCUCCAGCCUGGCCUCCGGGCCAAGUUCCAGCCACCCCCCGUGGACAUGCGCAUCAGGCGCGAGCCGGUCGUGAGCGCGCCGCAAAGGGUGGCCACCGCGCGCGAACGUGCGCAGCACUAUGCCGGCGCAGCAGCAGCAGCAGCAGCAGCGACAGCGACAGCACCCAAGGGCGGCAGCGUAAAGGACAAGGGUCUCGACGCCGAGGAGCGCGAGGCGCUGCGGAGCGAGUUUCGCGAGCGGUUCGCCCCCGGGGCGAGGGCUAUGCCCAACUCCAUCACGGGCCUCGCCGCGCUCGCCAACGAAAGGAUCGAGGACGCCAUUGCGAGAGGUCAGUUCAAGGACAUUCCACGCGGUCGGGGCAUCGAGCGAGACACGAGGGCCAACAACCCGUUUAUCGACACGACAGAGUAUAUCAUGAACAAGAUGAUCCAGCGGCAGGAGAUUGUGCCCCCCUGGAUCGAGAAGCAGCAGGACCUGGUUAGGCAGGCCGACAUAUUCCGCGCCCGGCUCCGGGUUGAGUGGAAGCGCCAUGUCGCGCGUACGAUUGCGUCCAAGGGCGGCUCGCUGCUGGAGCAGAUGAGUAGGGCGGAGCUGUACGCACGCGCUGAGCAGGUACACAAUCCCAGGCUGCGCAGGGUCGACCAGAUUGCCGUGGCGGCUAGCUCCACGGAUGAUCCGGUCAUGGUCAAGAUACGGCAACCAGUCGUUGACGAUGCCGCUGCUGCUGCUACAGGAGAACCACGACAACAACAACAACAACAACAACAAGACCUCCCGGGCGAGAUACUCCCGGCCCCCUUUCGCGACCCAGAGUGGGAGAGGACCGAGGCGGGCUACCUACAGCUGUCCAUCGAGAACCUGAACAAGAUGACGCGCGAGUACAACCUCAUGGCGCCCGACCUGGCCAAGAAGCCGUACUUCUCGUUACCGCGCGAGAUGGCCUCGCUGUACGCCGACGUGGCCCCCGAGGUGGCGCGGGAGAUCCAGGACCGGGCGACGCGGCCCAGGCAGACGAUCAGCGUCUUGGGGGCCGCCGACAAGAAAGCCAGCAGCUUCCUGCAGCACUUUAAGACCAACGAUCGACCGAGGGUCCUCGAGUCGCGCGAGAAGGCGUAUGGGCUCCGAGAGUGGUGGCGCGAACUCUGGGGCAAGGCUUGA